AUGUCCGCAUUCAUGGAGAAGUACCACAUCCGCAAGGCGCUCGGCAUCUCCAUGAGCGUUGUGCAGUCCUUCUGGCACUGGACGCGUGAUCGACUAUGGCCCAUCUACUCCGCCGCCGUCGUCAUUUCCCUCUUCCAGAUGAUCGCCGUCGCCUCAGAGAAGCAGAUCCUCGCCGACCACUACUACGGCGAUGUGGAUGGCAAGUUCGAAGAGACCAAGGAUGACCUCGUGCGCGACGCCAAGAAGCUGUUCAACGAGGAGGUGUCGGUGGCGGUGAAAGAACACGUGUGGCAGCUGCCCCCGGCGGCGUUCCGUCGCGAGUACAACAGCCGGCUUGGCAGCGCCUAG